AACCACUUCCUGUGCUUUUGGGGCCACACGAACUCGCGAGUUCACCACCCCUCGGCCAAUGCGCCAUCUCCGAUGCCAUCGCGAUCGUUAUGGCGGGUGACGGGAAGGGUGAGGUUGAAGGCGAGACGCCCGAGAAAGGCUUCCAUCUCACGCUCCACACCACCGUGCUCCUUUUAUCUCUGGGGAGUUGGUUGUUGCUCUUUACCGUUGAGAUCUCGGCCAAUGCCAGUGAUGGAGAGGAAGUCUUUCAUCCUGACAGGGUGGGUGCUCUGGUGACCAGCUGCGGCUUCACCGCCGUGACCUGCCUCCUGCUGAUGCUCUGGUGUUUGGGAACACCUGGGAGGUCCUCCUACACCUCAGUCCUGCCGGGCGAGGAGGGCGUGCCACAUCCGCGCCAAGCAAGAGGGCUUCUUUGGCACUAUGCGAUCCAUGGUACUUUGGUCUUGGCCACGAUCUGUUGGAUUUGCAUCCACACGGUGAAGUUGCAGCACCAACAGGUUUGGCGUGGAGUCCUCACGCUCUACAGUCUCUUGAGCUUGACCUUGAUUUGCUUUGCCCAGCGCCAGAUCGGCACUCAACGAGGCUUCAAUGGCCCUGCCGUGCUCUUUUCCGGCUUGGAAGGCACCGCGCCAACCACGGCAACCGGGCUGGCGACGCCUGGUGGCCGGGAGUCGCAGCGGAAGGCCUCGAGCCGGACCAGCGAAAAGACGCGCAGUCAAUGCGCGAGCUGUGCAAGCCAGACGUCGCGGUGGCGGCCGCUGUUUCAGGAUCCCAGCUUCGGCGGAGAAGUGGCACCAGGCGAAGUGGUGCUGCCCAGCCAAACCCGGCGCAGCAAGCGGAACGAGUGGCGAAGCUUCGUCUUUGAAGAGCAAUCUGAGGCCAUCUUGUCUCCGAGUUCUCCUUCUCAGAAUUGGACUUUGCCGAACACCUACCAAAAGAACUUGAUGAAGUUAAGAGGCAUCUCAAGGAGACACUCAGAUUCAGAUCAGGGAUCAGCGCGGCGGAGUUCCUUUGCCUCCUCUGCUGAGGGAGAAAGCAGCUUCCCUGUAAGCCCUGCACUGCCCCGCAUCCAAAGAACCCAGAGCCAGCCGAGCGUGAGCAGUGGCUUCAGCGACGUCUCAGAUGUGAUCGCCAGUCCCAGUUCUGCUUCACUGCUCCGGGCCAUCAGCAAGGACUCUCGGCGGAUCAGCAAAGACAGCCGUCGUGAUAGCCGGCACAGCGCUGAGAGUGAAGGUGCCAUGUCGGACGUCUCGGAUGCGCAUGUGGUGAUCAUCGGGGCAGCCACGGCGUCGCACCUCGAAUCGGUAUACGAGGAGGACCGGCAAGAGCGCUUGGGAACCUUAACGGAACUGCCGGAGACGUCUGUUGCUGCGUCGCCCGCACGAGUGCCGGCGGAGAGCCCCGAGAUCGAUCUUGAACAGGUCCUGGUGCCGAUGUUAGGUGCGCCCGACAUCGCGCAGCUUCGCUUGCCUAGCCCGUCGGCCGCCAACUCCCGACCGUUCACGCUGGAUUCCCAACGGACCCUGAACUCUGAAGGUGUGGAGGGGAUCUUGCAAGAGCUGAAAGUGGAGGACGGAGGUGGAUGAGAGGCGGAUGGCUUUUCAAUGUUUGAGUCGGGCGUGGAAUCUGAAGCUGCAUCACUCCAAAAAGAGUCCGAA